CCACACAGUCUCUCAGUGAAGCUGCUGCACAGCUGCUGCAUUACUCUGACUCUGUGUUCACUGUUAGCUCUGUUCAGCACAGCUUUCUGUCUAUUAGAGCAUCAGCUCUUUAUAACCUGCUGCAAUGGACAGUGCUCUGAACAACCUGGACGCAGCUGGGUUUCUGCAGAUUUGGCAACACUUUGAUGCAGAUGAUAAUGGCUACAUUGAGGGGAAAGAGCUGGACGCCUUUUUUCGUCACAUGAUGACCAAACUGGGACCCGCGGACAACAUAACAGAGGAGAAAGUGCAGCAGCUGAAGACCAGGUUUAUGUCCGCAUAUGAUGUCACUGCUGAUGGCCGCCUGCAAAUUCAGGAGCUCGCUAAUAUGAUCCUGCCGGAGGAUGAGAACUUCCUGUUGAUAUUCCGCCGUGAGGCUCCUCUGGACAACAGUGUGGAGUUUAUGAAGAUCUGGAGGAAGUAUGAUGCGGACAGCAGCGGAUACAUAUCAGCAGCAGAGCUGAAGGGUUUCCUCCAUGAUCUGUUUAAACACCACAAAAAAGACGUGUCCUCCGACAAGCUGGACGAAUACACAGAUGCCAUGAUGAAUAUAUUCGACAAAAACAAAGACGGCCGUUUGGAUCUAAACGACUUGGCGAGAAUCCUGGCCCUGCAAGAGAACUUCCUGUUGCAGUUCAAGAUAGAUGCGAACAGUCUGGAAGAAAGAAGGCGUGACUUUGAGAAAAUAUUCGCACAUUACGAUGUGAGUAAGACGGGAGCUCUUGAGGGACCAGAGGUGGACGGCUUUGUCAAAGACAUGAUGGAGCUGGUCAGGCCCAGCAUCAGUGGGUCAGAGCUGGAUCAGUUCCGUGUUGUGCUGUUGCGCCAUUGCGACAUAAACAAAGAUGGAAAGAUCCAGAGGAACGAGCUGGCCCUUUGUUUAGGGGUGAAGCCCUAGCUUUAGUCCACUUCAGUCAUACUGCAUGUGUAGAGAUGUCCAUAUACCACCACCUGCGAUAUGGAUGUUUGCAAUCUAAUGUGUAUAAACACUGCUAUAUGAAUCAUUAUGUAGUCGUGGUGUAGGUUUGGGAUGCGACAUAGCAGAGUGUGUCUUUUCACGGCACAGCUAAAGCCCAGUCUUAACUACAGUUGUAAGCAAAAGUUUGAACACCCCCAGUCAAAUUGCACGAUUUGUUUAUUUUCUGAGUGAAAAUAAGUUAACAUGUCGUCUACAAGGAGCUUUUUUUUUUUCAAAUUUUACUGCACAUUUUCUAUAUAUCAAUUUAAAAUAUUGGCAAAAAAUUAAAUAUACAGUAUAUACAGUACAAAGUAAAGUAUAUACUAAUAAUAAUAAAGUAUACAGUAACUGGUGUCGUAAGUUUUGCAAAGUAGCUUAGGUGUGUGUGUGUGUGUGUGUGUGUGUGUGUGUGUGUGUGUGUGUUAAAAUCAGCAAAUAACAGUAAUUGUGUAUUCAAAUGUGCAGAAGUUUGUUCGGUGUAGAUGAUGUGUGAAGUUUUCACCUAAAUGUCAAAUCAAUGUCAUUUGACCAGGGGUGUUCAAACUUUCACUCAUGCCUGUACAAAACAGAAAGGAUUUAAUCUGUAUGGUUCAGAUUGGUUAGGCUUAAAGCCAUAUUUUGGCAAAAAAAUCACAUUGACACAAUUUUCCUCUCACUCGAAAUGUACCCAAUCAGCCAAGACAUGUUUGGUGUCUGAAGUUUACUUCUUUAGUUUUGCACUGGAGUUUUGGGGCCAAUAUAGCCAACAUGAGAUCAGGGGUGGAUUUAGUGAUUCUUGGGCCCUAUGCAACAGACAGGAAUGGGGCCCCCUGGAUGCACCUUUUUAAAUUGGUUGAGGCUCUGAACUACUAUUUACACAGCAAAAAAAUAUAUGUUGUCUAAUUAAGCGAUCUUAAAUGUAAUCAAUAUAUCUGAUGUUUCUUAUUUUGAGAAUGUGGCAAGAGUUUUAGAAGACGAACUUUAAGCAGAUAAUUUUGCAUGUUUUGGGGAAAUAUGCUUGAGAGAAGCAAAAUCAUCUCCCAAAUUGGAGAGAUAAUUUGCUACUGAGUAGUGUAGAAGUAAGGUGAGAUUACUUUUUUCCAAGAAAUAACAAUCAUCACAGUUUGAGAAUAGUAGCUUGUAUUGCAUUACUUUUUUGAGUAAAUCCUCCAACACUGGAGCCGAUCUAUGCCAACAUUAACAGUAGCAUUAUCAGUUAGCCCUUUUGUUGCCAUAUGAAGACUAAAGCAGAGAGCUGACAGUAGGUUUUACCAUGAUCUGGCUGUGUUUGUGUACUAUAUUUCUGAGUUUUGGGAUGUUAGAGCUGGUUUCUCUCACUCUGACUAGUGAUGGCAGGAGUGUUCUGGCGUGUAAAUGAUGUUGUGUCGCUAUUUUUAACCCUCUGUUUAUAAUAUGAAGGCUAAAAGCAGAGAUGUAAUAUAACAGAGCAAGUGGGUUUUGGGUGAUGAAAUCCCUCUGUGGAUGAAAUCACUCUGGAUGGUGAGGGCAGAGUCUGAUGAGAGAUCUGAUGUGUGAAUCAUGGCACUGUUUUUACCCUUUGUUUACAAUAUGAAGGCUAAAACCUGAGGGCUAAAAGUCGAUUCUAAGCAUGAUUGUGGCUGAAAUCGCUGAUAAAUCCUGCUACAAAUGCACCAGCUGUUUUAUAAGGUGUGCGUAUGUAUUUCAGAAUUAGUUAUUUAACAUUGACACAGAGAUCUAAUUUGUAUUGUCAUGAGCUCCCUGGCUCAUUAGGGCCCUAGGCGGCUGCCUACAUUUGCCUCGUGCAGACCACCUCUGCUUGAGAUGGAAAUUUAUCCCCCACCCAUUUAGCAUCGUACAUGCCUUAAUUCUCACUUUUAAAAUGGAAUUUUCUGCCUUGUUUAGUCAUGUCCAGUUCCGCUCACUAGCUAUUUGUCCACCUUGAGGGUGAAAUCAGUCACUAAUGUAAUCUCACUGGCCAGCUCAACACGCUUGGAGGAGAAUGCUAACUGUCCUUUCUAUUGCGUCAGCCAAAUGAUAUCCACUUUAUUAUGAUGUGCUCUUGAAGUCCUGGCCAUGGAUGGUUGUGGCAUGACUGAGAAUCAAACUCAGUGUCCCAAUGACAGGACCUGACAGAACAUGGUCACACCUGCCUUAAAAAUAGACAAAAAUACUCACAAUUCAGCCUUAAAGAUUCCUGCUGUGACUGUUUUAGCUAGGCAACAUGCUGUUGGGUGAGGUAUCAGCUCCCAUUAUCUAUUAUCUUUAUUAGUCUCGUAGCUCCAUUUCAAAACUAAAAGAGCAAACUUCUUCAAACAGUAAACAUGUCUUGGCUGAUUGAUACAUUUAUGGUUUAUGGUAUUAAGGGAAAUUGUGUAAGCCUGAUUUUUUUUUACUAUUCCCAUAAUAAACUAUUCCUUUAUCAUAUGCCUGAAAACUUAGAUGCUUGUAAUGAAUCUCCUGAAUGAUUCUCCUGAAUGUAACUGUGGGUUGGUACUUAAAAUUUCACAAUGUAGGUUAUGCACGUGUGAACGUAUCUGAUUUUCUGCAUGUGACCCUGUUUUGACGUGAUUUUGAUAUAGUGAUGUGUGUGUGGAUUAAAGAAGCAAACAGGUGACUGUUUUAAAUCCAA